CCCCAAGGUUCUUGGAAACAUCCAUCUCUCCUCAUUAAAAAGAAAAGAUUUUUUUUUGGUGUGUCUUCACCGAACAUUCAAAACUGUUUCUUCAAAGGGUUUUGCAAAAACUCAGACUGUUUUCUAAAGCAGAAACACUGGCGUCCCCAGCGGAAGCAAUGGGCAGUGUGCGAACCAACCGCUACAGCAUUGUCUCUUCAGAAGAAGACGGCAUGAAGCUGGCCACCAUGGCAGUCGCCAAUGGCUUCGGGAAUGGCAAGAGUAAAGUCCAUACCCGACAACAGUGCAGGAGUCGCUUUGUGAAGAAAGACGGGCAUUGCAAUGUUCAGUUUAUCAAUGUGGGUGAGAAGGGACAGAGGUAUCUGGCAGACAUCUUUACUACCUGUGUUGACAUCCGCUGGCGGUGGAUGCUGGUUAUCUUCUGCCUAGCAUUUGUGCUCUCCUGGCUGUUCUUUGGCUGUGUGUUUUGGUUGAUCGCUCUGCUCCAUGGGGAUCUGGAUGCUUCUAAAGGGAGCAAAGCGUGUGUGUCUGAGGUCAAUAGCUUCACGGCUGCCUUCCUCUUCUCCAUCGAGACCCAGACAACCAUUGGCUAUGGUUUCAGGUGUGUUACAGAUGAGUGCCCAAUUGCUGUUUUCAUGGUGGUAUUCCAGUCCAUCGUAGGCUGCAUCAUCGACGCCUUCAUCAUUGGCGCAGUCAUGGCGAAGAUGGCAAAACCAAAGAAGAGAAAUGAGACUCUUGUCUUCAGUCACAAUGCUGUGAUUGCCAUGAGGGACGGCAAACUCUGUUUGAUGUGGAGAGUGGGCAACCUUCGCAAGAGCCACCUUGUGGAAGCUCAUGUCCGGGCACAGCUUCUCAAAUCUAGGAUCACUUCAGAAGGGGAAUAUAUCCCCUUGGACCAGAUAGACAUCAAUGUUGGUUUUGAUAGUGGAAUUGACCGUAUAUUUCUGGUGUCCCCCAUCACUAUUGUCCACGAAAUAGACGAAGACAGCCCUUUGUAUGACUUGAGUAAGCAGGACAUUGACAAUGCAGACUUUGAAAUCGUUGUCAUACUGGAAGGCAUGGUGGAGGCCACUGCCAUGACAACGCAAUGCCGGAGUUCGUAUCUGGCCAAUGAAAUUCUCUGGGGUCACCGCUACGAGCCAGUGCUCUUUGAAGAGAAACACUACUAUAAAGUAGACUAUUCAAGAUUCCAUAAGACUUAUGAAGUACCUAACACUCCCCUUUGUAGUGCCAGAGACUUAGCAGAGAAGAAAUACAUCCUCUCAAAUGCAAAUUCAUUUUGCUAUGAAAAUGAAGUUGCCCUAACAAGCAAAGAGGAAGAGGACAGUGAGAACGGAGUUCCAGAGAGCACAAGUACAGACUCACCUCCUGGCAUCGAUCUCCACAACCAGGCAAGCGUACCUCUAGAGCCCAGGCCCUUAAGGCGAGAAUCAGAGAUAUGACUGGCUGAUUCUGCCUUUGGAAUAUUUACUUCGCUACACAGUCUGAUGUUGGUCAGAGGUCCGAGACAGUUAUACAGACCAUGGUACUGGUCGAGAGGUGGGUGAAAGCAAGCAGCCACAAGAGACAGACUAAGGCUAGCACAAAGGUUUCAAGAAAAGACUGUAAGCUGGAUGACUGAUGUAAUGCGCUUUGCAGGCCUCCAAGAGACACGAUGGCACAUAUCGGUUGUAGUAUAAGUUAUGGGGUUUUUAAUGUAUUGUUUUGUGUUUUUACAAAACUUGAAUAUGCAGGCAAGCCUCGGUUUGGGUACAUGUCUUGCCUGGAAUGCUUCUCUUUAGGGGAACAAGAGUGAUUUUAAUGGCAUAACAUAGGCAAGACUCUGCCUUAAUUAUUUUGAAAAGCUGCUAACUACAUGAACACAAACUGUAUUUUUGUUGCAGUGUAGUUUAUCUUUUACAUAACGUUAAAACGCCAGUGUUGAACAUAAUUGAAGGCGCACAGUGUGCUUCAAAGCGUCAAGUAUUUGGCUAUUAACUGCCAAAACAAGAUCAUGAUUUUCUGAGGCCAGUAAUUUGUUUGCUAAAAUUGAUCUCUCUGUCUCCUCUCCUCUCCUCUCCUCUCCUCUCCUCUCCUCUCCUCUCCUCUC